UAUCACUUUGGACUUUCAUGGUUUUCUGUUUCAUGGUGGAGAUCUUUUCCGAGCUCUUGAGAAUGGCGUGAUCAGUCUGAAAGUUUCAGCUUUCUAGAAGGUACUUUUUAACCACAAUUUCUCUACAUUUCUUCACUUCAAAUUUUCAUCACCAUGAACAACCUCAAGCUUGGAGUGGAAGUUAUCAGUGCACACAAUCUCUUGCCCAAAGACGGCCAAGGCUCUUCCAGCGCCUUCGUCGAGCUCUUCUUCGACGGCCAACGAUACCGAACGACGAUCAAAGAAAAAGAUCUGAAUCCGGUUUGGAAUGAGAGCUUCUACUUCAACAUCUCCGACCCUUCAAACCUCCAUUACCUCCCUCUUGAUGUCUGCGUUCACAACAACGUUAGAGCCACAAACACAAGGUCGUUUCUUGGAAAAAUCUCCCUCACCGGAACCUCCUUUGUCCCUUAUUCGGACGCUGUCGUUUUGCACUAUCCCUUGGAGAAACGUGGCAUCUUCUCUCGCGUGAGAGGAGAGCUUGGCCUCAAAGUUUACAUCACAAAUGAUGCUUCAAUAAAGUCGUCAAUCCCAGUCCAUGAGCCACACAAGGAUAUUACUAAUGUUUCUCAUGAGGAAAGACUAAUCAAAGAGCGGGUUGGUGAUAUGAAUUUCAAAGAAUGA